GAAAGCGUCGGAGGGCGGUGACGUGUGUGUGCGGUCAGUGAAGAGCGCAGGGCGGAUCAGCUUGAGGCCGCGACACCGACACACGCGCGGAAAACUCUCGCAAGACCAACGGAAACGGAGUGAUGGCGGAUCUGAGCUUGACUGACGCUCUAAACGAUGCUCCUCAGCCGGACGUGGAGGAUGUCGUGGAGAGAGAUUUUGUGGCUACGCUAGAGGCCGAAGCUUUCGAUGAUCAGGUCGGAGAAACGGUCGGAAAAACGGACUUUAUUCCACUGCUGGACAAUGACGGGAAGGAUCCAGGUACAGUAGUGGAGAAAGGACAGCAGGAAGCUCAAAGGGUUCAUAAAUCCGGCGCUGCGAGUCCGCUGAUGUCCUGGAAGGAGAAACAAGAGGACGUCCAGACACAUCUGACCACUGAAACUGACCUGCUGUCAGUCUCGAUGUCUGGAUGUCCUGAUCAGUUUGGCUCUCAGAUGAUGAUGGACAGCAGCUCCAUGGGGUCGUUCACAGAUUUCUCUGAGCCGAUCACAGGUGCUGCUCCACUUCAGACUGAAAGAGCUUCUGGUGUAGCUGAAACACAGAGUCCAGCAGCGGUUCAGGCCUCUGAAGCCCCAAACAACCCAGCUGAACCCCUGCCGGCCAGCACAGCCAAGAGCCCACUGGACACAUCUGCAGGUGUCUUUGCUGACCGAUGGUCUGAUGAGGCCGGCAUCCCAUCCGACCUGCCCUUCACGCCUAGUGUUUCCACCAUUAUCACUCGCCACGCCAGUCAGCUGGUGGAGAGCCCACAUGAUACACCGGACCCUCAGUGGUCCCCGAGAGAUAGCGAGGACAGGGAAAGUGAAGGAUCCGACCGAAAGAAGGAAAAGAAGAAGAAAAAACGACGACCCAGAGACGAGGUUUAUGACUUUAACACUGAAAUGCAAAGUGAAAGUGCUUUAUCUGAGAGCCCCCAUCAAUCGUCCCCACUCAAGGAAGGCUGGGAAGAUGGCGGACGCAUCGGCGGGAGAGUUAAGAGGCCAAAAAGUCGCAAGAAGAUCCCAGAGGAAUGGGCGAUCAACGCUGAACCCUUUGUUCCAGCUUCCGCCUCCAUGCAUCAGGAGUUUGCUCAGUCUGAAGUGGACAGCGGUCUUGUAUCGCUUUCUGAAGACUUCACUGAUGAAAGUCUCAUUCCUAUGUCUCUUACCCAAGAUUUGCUAUCCCUGACAGCCACAUCUCCACCAUCCACAACUACCUUUGAACAUGCAAUAAAUUCCCCUAAAUCUCCCACUUUAUCUCCCUUGGCAAUGUCCUCAGGAUUGCACAACAUCAUGAUGGAAACCGACAGUGCUUUCAACCUGGAAAGCAAAGCUGAUUCUCUUGCUUUCAGCCUCAAUGAUACUCAACCUUCUCCUCGAGGAACUUUCGGGGAGCCAAUGUUUGGGCAAGAUCCCUCGUUCGCUGAUCCCAUGAGCACCCAAGACUCGUCAUUGAAGGCACCCCAGGCGUCCACUCCAGGAAGCACUUGUUUUGUACCACCAAUGGAGGCAUUGAUCUCAGCUCCACCUUUUUCUCCAUCUGGACCUGCUUGGUCUCUUAAUAACCACAAUCAACCACAAUUUGGUCUUGAAGGGGAUUCCUUUGAGACCCAAGUCUCGGCACCUCUUGCUUCACCAAAGAGCAAAUCCCCAAAAUCCAAACAAGGCAAGAAGUCAUCCUCAACUAAAAGUCCAACCUCUCCUGAUGCAAAGUUGCUUCCUCCACAAACUUCUGGCCUGAAUCCUGCCGCUCCCCCGUUUUUUCCUAGCUUCGCAGAACCUCGGGAGCAAACCGCGGGAUUGUCCUUUGAAUUGGAAGAAAACUCUGAGAAGAACAAGCCGGAGGUGAAUAAAAUGGACCCUGUCCAGAAGUUUGAUGAAUUUGACAUCUUCAGCAAGACAGAGAAAGAUCAGAAGAUGGAGACAAUAACAGAGAAAGACAAAUCUGAGCCCAAACAGACAACCAAAGCAGAAAACACAGAACCUCUGGACAAAAACAAAGAGGUGGAGAAGAAAACGGAUGAAACCGUUCACCAUGUUGAAACGCCAGUGAAAGUGGAGAAGAUUGAAAAAGUGGAAAGAAGCACUAAAGAUGAGACGGAAAAAGCUGCAAUGGUGGAGAAAAGCACUGAUUUAAUAGAAAAGACAACAGAGUUCUCCCCAAAGAAAGAGGAGCCGGUGGAGAAACAAGAGCUGAAGAAAGAAGAAGUGAAAGUCGAGAACAAAUCAGAGCAGAAAGAUGAUGUGAAGGAGAAAGCUGAACAGAAGACCCAACAAGACAAAACAGAGGAGGAGAAAGUAGAAGAGAAAGCAGAAAAGAGCGAACCGGCUGAUAAGAAACCUGCCAAAGCUGAGACGAAGGAUGACAAAGCCAAAAAAGCAGCUGCUAAACCCUCAGCGGCCAAACCUGCGCUAACCAACGGUGCUCCUGGAAAAGACUUGAGCAGUCCUGAGAAGAAGACCAAGCCUGUUGCUGGAUUAAGCAAACCCAGCUCUGCCAAGCCCCGCCCCAGCUCCGCCUCCACCUCUACAGCUGCCCCCAAGCGUCCAACCGCUACCUCAGCCUCCAGCGGCUCCGCCCCCAUCAGUAAAAAAGCCCCUGCACCCAAAACAUCCGCUGCACCCGCGGGCACCAAACGGCCCGCCACGGCCACAGCACGACCCCCCACCGCCACCACAGCGGCCAGAGACGUCAAGCCCAAGUCGCUCACAGAGAAGCGUCCACUGGUGCCCAAGCCCAGCACUGCUCCCUCUCGACCCGCUGCAGACAAACCUGCGUCCACAACACGACCCACAGCCAGCGCUCCCGCGGCCCGACGCCCCCUUGCUGCGAAGGCUGAGAGCAAACCAGCAGACGACAAGAAAGCCAGCACACUGAAAACUACAGUUACAGAUGGCGCCCGCUCUAAACCUGCAACCGCCAGACCCUCCACCUCCGGCACUAUCAGCAGCAGCGCCUCCACCCGCCCUCGACCCACCAAAACCCCCUUAGCAGGCGGCACCGGCACCACUCCUGAGGUUCCGAGGAUCCAAACAAUGCCCCGCCCCCCUCGACAAUCCAUCUUCAGCACCAGCACCACCAACACAACCAGAAGCACCGCCCGCACCACCACCACAACCAGCACCACCCGCAUUACAAGCAGCAGCACCGCUAGCACUGCCCGGCCCAGCUCCACAGCCGCUCCAGACGUCAAGAACAUCCGCUCCAAGAUCGGCUCCACAGACAACAUCAAACACCAGCCUGGAGGAGGAAAGGUUUCAGGGUCUCAGAGCAGGACGGACUCACAGAUCUCAGCCUCCAAAGAGAGCAGCCAGGGCAAAGUUCAGAUAGUCUCCAAAAAAGUGGACUACAGUCACGUGACCUCACGCUUGGGCUCCAAGGACAAUAUGAAACAUAUUCCUGGUGGAGGGAACGUUCAGAUUCUCAGCAAGAAGAUCGACUUGAGUAAAGUGACCUCGAAGUGUGGAUCCAAAUCCAACAUCAAACAUAAACCAGGUGGAGGUGAAGUCAAGAUCGAGAGCCAUAAGGUGAACUAUAAGGAUAAAGCUCAGUCCAAGGUGGGAUCCAUGGAUAAUGUCAACCAUGAGCCUGGAGGAGGGAAAAUCAAGAUUGAGUCUUUCAAGCUAAAUUUCCGCGAGAACGCCCGCUCUCGCACGGACCACGGCGCCGACAUCAUCGAGUGGCCCGUUUCUGAUGAAAACCCAGUCCAGCAACAGCUUCUCCGCAGCAGCGUCUCGCUCAACGAUUCGCUGUCCUCCACCGCCGGCAUCCCUCGCUCUCACACCACCCCGAACCUGGAGCACACAUGACUCUCGCUUCCCAUUGGCCCGCUGCGCUCUAAACCCCACCUCCUACCAUUGCUCUGACUCAUCAUGUGAUUGGUGUGCUCUUUGUUGACGCUCCUGAUUGUGACUCCUGAAGGAUGAUGUGCAAAACAAUGAGUUGGCUAAACUGAACCUUCUACAUCCUCAAGUGUUGUAGAGCAUGAAUUUAGCGGCGUUUCUUUUAUUAUUGAUCUGUUCUGUACUCCUCAUAUUCAUCGUCAUGUGUCCAUCUGACCGCUGCAUACACACACACACACACAUCUCAGAUCCAUCUGGACAUUAGAUCCUGCUGCCUUCAGGUCAUUCAGGUGGGAAAAACAAGUAAUGUUAAAGAUUUUUAGAUGGAAGAUCAAUGCUUUCCAAUCAAACUAAAAUCAACAAAGUUCAUUAGAUGUGGAACUGAUAUUCUGCAAAAGCUCAUUUUUUAAUCAAACUACUCGCUCUAUAAGCAAGUGUGUUCAUGAUUAUACAUAAUAAGCAGAAUAAAAUAUUACGAGACGAUCAGUUUGCGUCAUCAAGCUGUUUUUAACGUCUAGAAAUCAAUAGAAGGUAAUGAGAGCGGAGGACUGUCGUUGCGUCCCAAUUCACACACUUAUACUACGCCCUAAAAGUGUUUACUUUUUUUGUGAAGGAAAAGUGUAUAUAUUUGAUUGUGUAACAGAAGAGUAUGCAAGCUUUGGAAUAUACUAAUUCCCUAUCAUAUUUAAUAGCCUACCUAAGCAGCAGCAGUGUAAUCUGCCAUUGGCGAGUCUUUCAUGCAGAGAAAUCUCCUCGGUUCUUUGGAUAAUUCUGCAUUUUGAAGUUAAUAUGCAAACAUGUCUUGAUAUAGGUACACAUUGUUGUUGCAGAUGAAAGAUAAUUAACUUUAAUUAACUUUACUGAAGCCUCUUGACUUGAUGGUUUGUCUCUCAUUUCCGCCAUGUUUGUAGUUUAUUUACACUUUUUACGACUUUGUAGUCAAAUUCAUGUCCAACGCACAAUGUGUUAGCGCUAUUGCUAUUAUUAUUAUUAUUAUUAAUAAUAUUAUUAUUAUUAUUAUAACUUUAAUAUUAUCAAUUAGAGUACAGACAGUUGUACACUUCAAAUUUUUACCAGAAAUAGUAAAUCAUCCGGGAACUUUUGGCAUACUCUUUUUAAAACACUAUGGUUUGGGACAUACUAAUUCUGUUUUCGAAUACUCUUUAGGACGGAUAGUAUGCGAAUGAGGACACAAUGACGCACAAAGACUGAUGGGAAAUGUAGUUUUGUUACAUGAAGCUUUAAAGUCUGUUUGAACCGAAAGUUACUGCAGACUUUAAUUUUGUAUGAAGAUGUAUUUCCAAC